AUAUAUUGUGAAUCCUUAAUUAAAACAUAAGUUUUCCGGCCAUGGGACAGGUAGCUUCGAUGAUUGCCCGCCGGGCGAAUCGCUUCAAUGCCGAGAAUCGCGCCCAUCGCAUUAUUGAGCGCGAGAAACCCACACCGGCGCCCAAAUUCGAUUCUAAUCUUAGGGACAUGGAACGCACCCUAGAAUUGGAUCCCAAGUUCGUGGACAAACUCAACCUAAAGGACACCACUUUGGACACGCGACUAAAAGACGUUUAUGUAACGUCACAGGAUCGUUUUAUUGCACGGGUACAGGAACGUCAGGCGGCGGAGUCGGCAGCGGACACUGCAGAGCAGCGACCUCUUCCAUUGGAGCGCAAAACUCCGGAUGACUAUGAGUACGGCUACAAGGAGCCCAAUCGCGUCCUGACCGGCCAUUGCUCCCUGCGGCAGGCCCUCAAGUUCAUCAACGACCAUCAGAUCGAGCCGGAGUUGUGGCCAGCCAAGAAAAUAGCCGACGAGUACAAGCUGAAGGAGACCAAUGUUGAGAACAUACUCCAUUACUUUAAGACGUUCAAUGUGUACAUACCCGACCAGAAGUACAAGGACACAUUGCUGACGCAGGCCAAGCAGAAGAUCAAUUUGCUCAAGGAGAAGACCAGCGUCCCGGACAGUAGUUCAUAGUUAGCCUCUACCACAAAAUAGAACCCAAUUGUUGUUUAAUCCUA